UGCAGAACCAUUCCAACCUGCUUGGAGUGAAGUAUGGAUGUUGGUACUUGAGCUCAGUCACAGCUCAGUGCCUCUGGGCGGUUUGAAACACUGAUUUGAAAUAGUCAAAUAGCGUACGCCAUCGUCCAUUAAUAAUUUAUAUGUAAUAUGGUGGGUUGCCCUCGGCGAACUAAAAUUAUAAUUGUUCUUCCCCUCACUUUGACAAUUAUCGUAUACACUGCAUAUAACGUUUAUUUAGUUAUUGCCAUUCGUUUUGAACGAAUAGAAAUAUGUGAAAAACUAAAUCUUAGGUACAAGGAUUGUGAUUCUUUGAAAAUUAACCCAAAACGUGAAAUAUUUCAAGAAUUACUUAAAGAAUGGGUUACAAUAGCAAAGAGAAAUAAUAUAAGCUAUGUUCUAUCGUCUGGUUCACUGUUGGGGCAGUACAGAAAUGGAGAUGUUAUUCCCUGGGAUAUAGAUGUUGAUGUAUUGCUGAGAGAAAGUUUGCUUUAUAAACUCAAAGAAAUCGCAACACCAAGGAAUUUUGUACAAGGUGCUGACCAGGCAUUUCAUUUUGUGGUCCAACCGGAAUAUGGGAUAAAAGUGCAAUCACGGAUGAGGCGUUGGAACUGUAAUGGUCAGGUGGUCCAUGGCCAGCCUGAUCACUGUUCAUUUGUGGGACCUAUAGCACGUCUCAUUAAAGGCUUUGACUUUGUUGAUAUUUUUGGACUCAAAGUUGAAGGAAUCCUUGCUUAUGAAGGUUAUGAAAAAAAGUAUUUCAGAGUUGAUGAUUUAUUUCCUGCUAAUGAUUGCAUCUUUAUGGAGAUUAAGACCAAAUGCCCUCAAAACAGAAAGAAGGUAUUGGAAACUUUUUUCCACUCAGUACAGCACCCUUGUGUUUGUGUAAAUAAAACCUGGGAAGUUUAUUCAUGGUGGAAAAUUUGAUCUUAAUUGCUUCAUGCACAUGCAUAAGCUUCUAUAACUUUGGAUUCUUUAUCAAGAAAAUAGGUAUUUGGCAUAACAAAAAUAUAUAUUAUCACCUUAUUGAAUCAGAAUCACUUUACUAUAUUGCUUUUGUUUUUUUUAUUGACUUGUAAUAUAAUUUUAUAAAUACAUAUAUUUAUAGUUUGCUGUUAGGAUUGUUCAAAGGCCAUGGAGCACCUAUAAAACAAAAGUAAAAACUUAACUGCUAGUCUGAGAGAGAGUAUUCAAAGCAUGAUUUUGCAUACCAAUG